AUGCACUUAGCCGCUGCCCCACAGUCGGCAUCGCAGCCUUUGGAGAAGCAUGGGGCGUUUGUGGAGGCAGGGGGGAGGAGACGUGGGAAGCCGCGGCUUGCAGCCCAUCGUUCACUUAAAGAAGGGAGAGAGACAAGUGCAGCAAGAGAGUGGAAGGGAGGGGAAGCACGAGAAUGGGAGAGAGGCGGAGACAAGGGGAUGGGCACGAAGGUUGUAAGAGGCAAGCCUCACCUCACCAGCUCCAAAGGCUAUCUGGAGGCCAAAGUGGGAGGGGCAAGCCUCACCCCAUCAGCUCCACAGAGCUGCUUGAAGGCCCAAGCGGGAGAUAUUUGGGAGCAUUCAAGCUUCCUUGAACAAGCAGUGCCGGGCAGGGUUACGGUUCAGCCUCAUGUCACCCGCACAACCCACUCCACUCACCCCACUCACCCCACUCACCCCACUCACUCCACUCACCCCACUCACCCCACUCACCCCACUCACCCCACUCACCCCACUCACCCCACUCACCCCACUCACCCCACUCACCCCAUUCACCCCACUCACCCCACUCACCCCACUCACCCCAUUCACCCCACUCAUCCACUCAUCCACUCACCCCUCUCACCCCACUCACCCACUCACCUGCACACCCCACUCACCCCACUCACUCCUCUCAUCCCACUCACCCCACUCAUUCCACUCACCCGCUCACCCUACUCACCCAACUCACCCCACCCCACCCUACUCACCUGCACACCCCACUCACCCCACUCACCCCACCCACCCCACUCGCCCGCACACCCAACUCACCCCACUCACCCGCAUGCACCACUAACCCCAAUCAACCCCAAGGAGGCCUUGGGCAGGCGGGCAGGUGGGGCGACACUCAACCCACUCACCUGCACAGCCUCCCUAGUCACCCUUCUCACCUGCACGGAGGCCUUGGGCAGGCGGGCAAGGGGAGACACGAGAAGGCAGCACGUCCAAGCAAGAGAUGCAGCAAGUGAGGAGCAUGCCUUACCUGAUGUGGGUUGUGCGCCCACCCACUCACCCCUUUUACCCACUCACCCUACUCAUCCACACACACACCCCGCUCAACCCACUCAACCCACUCACCUGCACACCCCUCUCAUCCCACUCACCCACUCACCUGCACACCCACUCACCCCAGGAGAGCUCAUUUGUAUGGGUGCCGUUCAAGAAAGUGACUGA